CACGUUGGGUUCCUGCCUCAUAACAGGUUUUAGCUGUGAUGGACGUUUUGGACUGCUAGAGGUUAUUUUUGGUGACAGCAGAUCUACAGAUAGAAUUCAAUAAUCAGGCUUUGCUGCAUUCAUCAGUGUGCUGGCCAGAUCCACCGUGUACUGGAGACCUGCGUGUACUCUCAUGACAUUGGCCAGAAAAGUAGGAGGAUCCAGCAGCGAAUAAACCCCAGAAGUGCUGCCCUAGAUUGUUUAGUCUUGUUAUACAGAGCAUUGCGUAGUAGUCGAUGCACUUGGAGUGUUUUUUUUGUGUGCGUGUUCUGGGAGGGUGUGUAAACGUGUUUAUUGUCGGAACAGAAACGGGGUCAAGUUCAGCAACGUUAAACUUUACACUAGUGCUACUCUUGACGUGUUGUCACGUUAAUAAUGAUAUAGUUUUACAGUUGUCUGCCAUGUGUCGCUGAGGACGAGCCAGUCUCGGUUUCGAUAGCUGCUAACAAGCCACCCGCGCUCAGACAUGGAGGAUCCGUUGACACAUCAGGACACCAGAGACACAGAGGGCUGCUUUGACCGGACCUUAUCGGCUCUGACUGUGGAUGAUGUGUACAACAUAGCCAAACUGAUCGGCACCGAGGUGGAGAAGCUAAUUGACGCCUACGGCAAAGAGAGCGUCGAGGGUCUGGUUCCGAAGAUUGUGAAAGUGCUGGAGCUGCUGGAGAGCUUUGCGUCGAGGAACCAUGCACUCAAAGCGAGGGAAGACGAGCUGCUGAGGAGCUUCGAGACCAUACAGCUUCAGAAGAGACGAGCUGCCAAAGACGGCGAAGAGAGCACCGAUAAACGUGAAAUACGGGAGCUGCAGCAGAAGGAGCAGCAGUGGCAGACGAGGUGUGAGGAACUGCAGGCCCAGGUACAGCAUCUCCAGGUAGACAUGGAGGAGCUUCAGAGUAGGCUCGAGGGCAGCCACGCACAGGAAGACCGUGUCCAGCGGCAGGAGCGAGAGGUGAUGCUGAAGCUGAAGCAGGUGGUGGAUAAGCAGAGAGAUGAUCUGAGGGCCAAAGUUCAGGAGAUAACCACUAUCUCCAAAGAGGUGGAGGCGCUUCAGGAGCAGCUGGAUCGCUUCAUGAAGAUGAACGCAGAGCUGCGACAUAAGCAGAAUGUCCUGCAGGCCCAGCUGAAGAGCACUGUGGAGAGGAAGACCGACAUGGAGGCCGACCUGAAAGAGAAAACCAAAGAGAUAGAAAACCUCCUAACACAGCUGGACAGAACCAACAGCAACUGCCCUUCCAGCCCAAGUCAACCAGCUUAUGAGUCCUUGGAACAGUUGGCGAGUCAGAAGGAUCCUGACAAGCCAUGCUUCACCAAGAAGGAGGUGCGUGACAUCAUUUUUGAGAGGAAUGAACUCAAAACCAACUUGUUCCUGGUGCAGGAGGAACUCAGCUACUAUCAGAGGGAGAUCCUGAAUGAGGAGCGGUGCCCAGGUUUCCUCUUAGGAGCCAUCCGUUCUGUCAUCAAGAAAAAGAGAAAGCUCAUUAAGGCCAAGAUGCUUGGGAUGUCUGACAACGAACGCAGCAGCAGUGACGAGGAGGACAGGAGCUCUCUGUUUGGGCAGACAGAAGUAGAUGGCUCACAGUUCGACAGCACUGACAAACCAGCAGAGUCACGCAUUCAAAACCUCUUUGGCUUCCUGGGACGGCCGGGCAACAGCCGGAUCCCGACCCACACGAACAGCCCAGCCUCCAGCUGGGAGAUCCUCGGAGACUCAGAGGCCGCUGAUGAGCCGGAGCAGAGCCCGUCUUCCUGAGGCCGGUACUGACUUGAGAUUCCUCCAGUCUGCCUUUGUUUCAUCUCAAACACACACCCCUCUCUAGUCAGUCACAGCUUCUCCCUCAGCUUGUCAGAGAAGACCUGCCUGUAGCUCAGGAUAAAAGGUUACAAAGCCAGUUGAACGUGGCCCCAGUGUGUAUAACACAAAAGUACUAUCGGAGUGUGAGGAAAUGUAUGAAUGUGUUUUUGCUUUAUUUUGAUUGCAUUUACUUUCAUUUCCCUUUAUGCUCAUAUCACUUUAAGUCUGCUUAUUUUACUAUAGAAGUGAUGAAUAAGAGGAACACUGUUUAACUGUUUGGUACAGUGCACUGCUGUGAUGAGUGGGAAUACAUUUUGCUCAUCAGAAAAAUAUCCCUUUGUAUCAUACAACCAUAAUGUUUUUCCUUAUUGAAAGGAAAGUUUUCUUGUAAAAACAAAACAAAUUACACACAGGUAUUUAUAUAUACUCUUAUUACAUUUUUUAAUAAAAACAAACCAAAAGACAUUACAAAGCUACUGUAUAUAUUCUGACAUGAAACCAUCCACUCUACUAGUUUGGGAAACAGGCUACUAAGUUCACCUCUGGUCCACAAGAGGGCAUUUUAACAAAAAAAAAAAAGUUAUCAUUUAACCUCAGUUGGGGUAGUUUGAAGCCAUGUGUUUACUCAUGUCAUUUUCAUGAUUUGAAGCACUUUUAUAAUUGAGAAAAAAGAAAAAGACUCUUUACACAAGUCUGGUUUUAACACUGAGUGCAUUUUAAUAAGCCUUAAAUUGUCAGAAAUAUAUUUUCCUAAUGUUCAGUCAUCAGUCUGUUCACAGAGCUAAAGCGCUGGCUGGUGUGUAUUGAUGCUGGUGCCAUACGUGGGUGUAUACAGACAUGUGUUCUAGCUGGUGUACCAGCCCCUGCAGGUGGUUACUUUAAAGGAAGUUGUGUGCUUCCUUGUGGAAACAACAAAUGGCGUAUGUUGUUUUGUUUUGUUUUUUUUUCCACCAUCAUUAACGUACAAGUUAACGUGAAGUAACCGCACUUCCUGUCUGACCACAGCACUACACAGACACACCAGUGGUUUUGUAUUUGUUGACAGUGUAUGAUCAUGUUUUCAUAAAAUACUGUGUUUGCAGUUUAUUUUUCUAAGUAUGUUUUUAAUGGGAAGCCUUUGCCUGUGAAGAAACCUUUAAAACAACAGUUGCUACUCGAGUCAUUGAAAAUGUCAUAAAGCCAAUUAAAAAAUGUGGAUUUCCCGUCAGAGUAAGUUUUGAAAAUUCAGUAAAAUCUAUUAAACACAGAAUUUUAUUGAAAA